AUGUGUUUAACGGACCGUUUUGUACUGGGUAUUGACUCAGCUUCGGUCCGUGAGAAGUUGUUUAGAGAAGACCCGAAUGUGACCCGAGCUGUAGAUCUAGGGCGCGCUGUGGAGAGUGCGCAGCGUAUUGUAUCUGCUGGUGAAUUGGUACCGGUGACCAAAACGGAGUCAUUACUUUAUACGGAGUCCCGUCGGAGAGGCAGCACGCGCACCGGUCGCAGCGCUGGUGGCAGCGCCGGUGGCAGCGCCGCUGGCGGUGGCAGCUCAAGAUGUGGCGUUUGUGGCGCGAGGCCACACGACGCCGAAGCAUGUGGUUACCGUCAUUUGUUGUGUAAUGAUGAAAACCCGCUGGCUCUGGAGGUGAGUGUGCGGGGUGUUGCACUCAUUAUGGAGGUCGAUUCUGGAAGUGGGGUGUCGGCACUGCCCGGACACCUGUGGCGUAUGUAUUUUUCUCGGUACACGUCGCUCGGUACCGAUAUUGUUUGGAGGCGUCACGCGAAUCAAUUAAUUUCGGCCAAUUCUUAUAAAGGCUCAGUAACACAGCUUACAGGCCGGGUACCCCCAGGAACUACGCCUAACACUCCCACUGUGAACCAGACCUUGCGCAGUAGCAGUGAAGCCUCCGAGUGGGCUGAGUCAGAAGACUCAUUCGGUACGCCGUCAAAUGCAACAGACUUAUGGCAACAACCCCGCACACCUAUUCCUGACGAACCAGGUAUUCGCACUCGAUCUGUUCGCUUGGUAGUACCACCUAAACGAUUAAUUUUG